AUGAAGCGUGCAAGAGGAUUUGUGUUCAAGCGCCGAUUAGUCUGUGCCAAAAAUGUUUCUCCCGUACUUAUUGCCACGCACAAGGCCACCUGGACUAUGGCUAUGGUAGCCAGCAUAGAAGAAUGGCAAGGAACUGGUAGAGAGGAGAGGGAUUUUGGGUUCAAUUAA